AUGCGUGUGACAAAGGUCCACCGCGCGUUGAAGUUCCGCCAAGAGCCCUGGAUGCAGCCGUAUAUCGACUUUAACACGCAAAAGCGAACCGCGGCAAAGAACGACUUUGAGAAGAAYCUCUUUAAGUUAAUGAACAACUCCGUAUUUGGUAAGACCAUGGAGAACAUUCGCAAGCGCGUUUCCAUAAAGAUCGUAAAUACGCGGGAGGAAGCAGAGGCCUACGUAUCUCAGCCAGGCUUCGUACGCUACGUAGACAUGCUAAACUUCUUCGUAAUACACAUGAAGAAGGCAAACCUAUUCCUCAACAAGCCUGUAUACACCGGCUUUACCGUGCUGGAGCUGUCUAAGCUUCUGAUGUACGAGUUUUACUACGACAAACUUAAACCAAAGUACGGCGAUAAAUGCCGCCUUCUAUACACCGAUACCGACUCCCUAAUAAUGGAGAUAGAAACCCCCGACGUCUACGCGGACUGCCUCGAAGACAUUGACGAGUACGACACCUCGGGCUACCCACGCGACCAUCCCCUGUACUCUGCGAAGAACAAGAAGGUCAUCGGGAAGAUGAAAGAUGAGAUGCUGGGCAAGCCCAUCKUGGAAUACGUGGGUCUCAAACCCAAAAUGUACAGCGUCCUAAAGACAGACGGCGCAGACAAGAAAGCCAAGGGCGUAAAAAAAUACGUAGUCAAGAAGGACAUCACCCAUCAGUCCUACAUUGACGUCCUACGCACGCAGAAGACGCAGAAGCAUCGGAUGAACUCCCUGCGGUCCUUUAAACAUCAAAUACACAACGUCACCCAAGAGAAGGUGUCGCUGUCAGCAUUUGAUG